AUGCCAUCCUCUGAGAUGAGACGAACGACCAGAGUGUUCGGGGUGGUGAAAGGCGGAGACACCUCCAGCGUGUUAAGGUCGGGACGGCGGUUGUGGCCGGAUUGCGAGGAAGGAACCGGGAGUAAGAAAAUUGGAGAUGAUUUGGCAAAGAAAUCGGAGAAGAUGAAAGUAAAUGACUACGAUAGCGAAGACGAGGACUAUGUUGCUCUCAUGGAGAUUAUGAAACAGAGAAACCUAAAGGAUGAUAGGUUUUUUGGGACAGUGUAUAACAGGAAGAGAAAAAGGAUUGUUGAGGGUGAAGAUUGUGACGUUUCCGGGUUUCGGUUUUGUCGCGGACUAAGGAUGAUGAUUGAUCCGUCUGCGAUUGUGGCAAUUGUGAAGCCUUGUUCUGAUGACAUUAGUUUGUUUUCGUUUUUCUUGUUCGCAGUGUUGAGAAACUUUAUGAAAUUCGGACUCACAUUCAUGGAUUUCUAUGCUUUUGUUCUAUCAGAACCCAUUUAUUCUGUUUAUGCAUCAAGAGGAAUACAAUUCUUACAGGGUUCUGUUACUCCAAGUGUUGGGAUUUGCCAGUUAUUUGGGGUCACACAGUACUUGCCAUUGUUCUGUGUUGAUUUUUCUGCUGUUCCUCUCUGUUUCAAAUUUCUGCAUUCUGCGUUGCUCUUAAGAUAUAUCUUCAGGUCAUGUUUUCUCGUAUGCAAUCCGGUAAAUUUCUGUAGAGAUGUCAAGAAGGAAAUUGAUCUUCCGGCUGUCGAGGAGGAAAUUGAUGUUUCAACUGACGAGGAGGAAAUUGAUCUUCCAGCUAUCCUGAUAGAACUAAGGAGUCUGUGCAAUUCCUACAAGAAAGAAGCUUCUGAGAGUAAAACUAUCAAUAUCACCCCUGAAGUUAUUGUUAUCAGCGAUGAUGACGAUGACAAUCUAUCUUCUCAUGAAUCUGUUAAGUGUUCCAAGUCAGGCAGUAAAAAUGUACAAAGUGAAAAUGUGAGCUCUAACGUCGGUCAGACGAGGAGAACUUCACUUAGGAUAAGGGAAGCUCAAAAUCUUUCUAUGAAGAACAGAAGUAACAACACAUUACCUUCUGGUUCAAAGGGUGGACGUCUUAUUGCCAAGGAGGAUUCCAAAGAAGCAAUUGUUCCAUCGUAUUGCUGUACAAAUAUACUGAUUGUCGAAACUGACAAAUGUUACAGGGUAGAAAGAGCCGUUGUCGUUUCUGAAGAAAUGUCUGAGUCAAGAGAAUGGCACCUCGCAGUAAAGAAAGAUGGAUUGACUUGCUGCACUCUCAAGGCUGAAAGGGUAAUGAGACCGUGCUCUACCAAUCGGUACACACAUGUUAAAAUGGUCUCACUUAUCAACGGGUGGAAGUUAGAGUUUUCUAAUCAUCAAGACUGGAUUGCUUUUAGGAAUCUUUAUAAGGACUGUUCGGAGCGUGAAAUUCCAAUUCCUGCUGCAAAAUUUAUUCCAGUACCAAGGGUCUGUGAAGUUCCUGACUAUGCAGACAGUUAUACUGCUCUCUUCAACAGACCAGAUUAUUAUAUAUCUGCAAAUGGCGAUGAGUUUGAACGAGCAAUAACAAGGAAAACUGGAAAUUAUGACAUGGACUCAGAAGAUGAAGAAUGGCUGAACAAGUUAAAUAUUGAGCUUCAAGAACAUGUUUCAAAGGAUAAUUUUGAGUCAAUUGUUGAUGCUUUGGACAAGACUUAUCAUUAUAAUUUGGAUGAUUGUUAUGAUGAAAAAACAAUGAUUUAUUGGUGUCAGAAUCCUGUUAACAAGAAGGUUAUACAAGCUGUACAUAAUUACUGGAUCAGAAAACGGAAACAAAAAUAUUCAGGGCUGCAUAGGAUUUUUACGAGUUAUAAAUCAAAGAUAUCUCCAUUUGUUCCCAAGCCGCCACGGCAAAGGAAGCGAUCGUUUAAGAGACGCCCUAGUAACAGCCAACUUCAACGUGUUUUGCAAUCCAUUACAAAUGAUCAAGAUGUUGUGGAUGAAUAUAGAAAAGCCUUUGCUAAGGUCGAAGCUGCUAAAGAGGCUGCAAAAAAAGCGAUGGAAGUUGCAAUACAGAAGCGCAAAAAAGCUCAAUCUCUUGCGCAUAAUGCAGACCUAGCAAUGUACAAAGCCACAAUGUUAAUGAGAAUAGCAGAAGCAACUGGGGCUGGAGCAUCAGCAGAUGUAGUGGCACAACAUUUUCUGAAUUGA